CUUUCCUUUUCCAGCCGAAAGGGUAGUACUUAGGGUUGGGCCCCCGGGAGAGCUGCAAGUCAGCAACAAUGGUGGUGAAGCCGAGCAAGGGUGGAAGAAAAGAGGAGGUGGUUACCAGGGAGUACACCAUCAAUCUACACAAACGUCUACAUGGAUGCACAUUCAAGAAGAUGGCUCCCAAGGCCAUAAAGGAAAUCAGGAAGUUCGCCCAGAAAGCAAUGGCGAAGUUGAACAAGCAUGUAUGGAGCAGGGGGAUCAGGAGUGUGCUAAGGCAGGUCCGUGUGCGGAUUGCACGAAAGAGGAAUGAUGAGGAAGACGCCAAAGAGGAGCUCUACUCAUUAGUUACUGUUGCAGAAGUCCCACCUGAGGGGCUGAAGGGUUUGGGAACUAAGGUCAUCAAAGAAGGGGAGUGAACUACCCUGCUCUGGUUUUUUUAGGUAAUUUUUUGGUUUUUGAUCAUAUUUAUGUAUUUCAGAAAUUGUCCUUGUUUCG